AUGCCCCUUUACCACGCAAAGCCACCAGUCGAACCCCAACAUGUCGAACGGAAAGCCCUCUACACCGAUCUCCAAGCCCGCGUACAUUAUCUGCAGAAGUUCCUAGAGUUCAGCGCCGACGAUGUCGCCGCUCUGAACAAAGGGUCCAAGUAUAUCAAGGCGCUGGCGCCUGCCCUGAUCGACCGCGUCUACGUCAAGCUCCUGGAGAAUGAUAUCACGGCGCGGGUCUUUCGCACGCGCAGCACCGCCUCCGAGGAUGAAGUCGCCAACUAUCCCACCUUCGACAGCCCGUACAUCCAGCGUCGCCGCAUGUUCCUGCGCUGGUACAUGACCAAGCUGUGCACCGACCCCACCAAGCCGGAAUUCUACGAGUACCUCAACACA